AUGCUUUCUUCUCCUCAACUUGCUCAUUUGGUCGAAGGCUCGUCGGCGAAUCGAGCCCUUUGUGGCGGAUUCUUGCCCACCAACAACAAUACAGCUUUCUCGAAUUUUGAGGACAUCUACACUGUGACAAUUGUCGACACUGAUGGAAAAUCGCCGAUAGCUUUUGGUGCGAUGAACAUGUACUCCGUGAAGCAAGCGUAUUGUAUGGUGGGUGAAGUGGCAGAGAAAUACGAGAACUCGACAAUUUGGCUUGAUGAUGUGAGCACUGUGAAGAAUCACACUAUUCUCAAGAUCUCUCGCUGCGAGGAGGGAAAACCCAAUCACAACGGUCUUGGCAUGUUUAUCGCCGUUUUUGGAGAGCAUGAUGAGAAACCAGUUGAAGAGUUUUUAAUGGAAUGGAUGGUGAAUAAAACGAUCGGCAACAAUUGCCUUGAUCUCACGAAAAAUGUCACACUUGAUGUGGUCGGGAAUAGAAACUUGACUGGCUGGAGAGAUAAUGCUGGUUUUAUGGUUUCCGAUAAUCAGCGAUAUGUGGAAGUCACUUGCAAGAGAAAAGACAUCGAAUCCCUCACUGGCGCUUCGGCUACCGAAAUCUCGGCGAUCUCCGAUGCGAACAAGGAAACUCUGAUCGAAUAUGAUUCUCAAUGCACGAUGAUUGAUCGAUCCGAAUAUUUGAAUGCUCUUUUGAAAGUGAAUGGUGUAAAUGGAGUGAUUGCUUUCGAUGAACACAAACAACCACUCGGAUAUGCCCUCAGAUUGGGCACACAGAUCUUGUCAUGCUAUGCGAAUAGUGAAGAGACGGCUAGACAACUGCUGAGUUUCAUCGCGGCUAGUAUUUCCGACGAUGAAAUCACUUUCUACACCACUUACUUAUUUGCCGGUUUUAUGGAUGAGCUCAUCUCAAAAGCCACAUCAAUUACUCCAGUAUCUCGACUCCACACGCGAACCCUUGUGAAACAAGUGAAAUGGGAGAAAAUCUUCUGCGCAAAUGUUGGAUUGCAUCUUUUC